UUUCUUCUCUUUCGGUGUCCCCAGUACGCCUCAAAAUUUCCCCUCCUCCUGUGCCCUCUCCGCCCCCCGCCUUUGGGGGCCCUGUGACCCUGAAUGUGGGGGGCACGCUAUAUUCCACCACUUUGGAGACGCUGACUCGAUUCCCAGACUCCAUGCUGGGGGCCAUGUUUAGGGCCGGUACCCCCAUGACCCCCAACCUCAGUCCCCAGGGAGGUGGCCACUACUUCAUCGACCGAGACGGCAAGGCCUUCCGGCACAUCCUCAACUUUCUGCGGCUGGGCCGCCUGGACUUGCCCCGUGGAUACGGGGAGACGGCGCUUCUCCGGGCAGAGGCUGACUUUUACCAGAUCCGGCCUCUCCUGGAUGCCUUGCGGGAACUAGAGGCAUCUCGGGGGACCCCAGCACCCACAGCCGCCCUGCUCCACGCAGAUGUAGAAAGCAGCCCCCGCCUGGUGCACUUCUCCGCUCGCCGGGGCCCACACCACUAUGAGCUGAGCUCUGUCCAGGUGGACACUUUCCGGGCCAACCUCUUCUGCACCGACCCCGAGUGUUUGGGUGCCAUGCGGGCCCGAUUUGGUGUGGCCAAUGACGACAGGGCGGAGGGAGGCCCACACUUUCGUCUGGAGUGGGCCCCCCGCCCCUCGGAACUCCCGGAAGUGGAGUACCAGAGACUGGGGCUGCAGCCACUGUGGACUGGGGGGCCAGGAGAGCCACGGGAGGUGGUGGGCACCCCGAGCUUCCUGGAGGAGGUGCUGCGGGUGGCCCUGGAGCACGGCUUCCGUCUCGACUCCGUCUUCCCUGACCCCGAAGAUCUGCUCAACUCCCGAUCUCUGCGCUUCGUUCGGCACUAAGAACUGAACUGGGAACGCUGCCCUCUGUUUGACCGGGGCGGGGGGGAAGGGGAAAAAGAAGGGGGUGCCAAAAGGGAUGAAGGCUCUCCUGAGGCCUCUUCCUGGCUCUGCUUGGGGAGCUGUGAGAGUCAGGAGUCCCACUGCACCUGACUGGAGGCCAGAUAUGGGCAGCAAUCCCCAAACCAGAGCCCACAAGACCAGAGGGUCUGGACUGAUGCUAAUCCUGGGAGGGGUGGGGAAGCUUCCCUUGGCUGUUUCUCCUCUGAGCCUGGGGACCUCCAGUGUUUCCUUGCUUGGAGCUCGGUAUUCAGGGUCUGGAAAGGUGGAGACACUUCUCUUGCAGGGCUGGGCUUAUCAGACCUGUGGAGGGACCCUCAGGGUUUGGGGAAAGAGGGUCUUUGGAUUGCUUUAAUGUGGUCUCCUGGACUGUGACUUCUCCUGGAGCUGGUGGCCUGGCCUGGCCUGGCCUGACCAAGGAGAGGCCAGAACACUCUGACACACGGGAAGGGAGAUCCUUUGCCAUGUCCCAAGCCACCACUGAGGGAGACAGAGAGGCUACGCCCCACCCUAGGUGGCCACAAGGGAGCUAGGAGAAUCCCCAUUAACUGUGGGGCCGGAGCAUCCUUCCCAUUUUAAAGGAUCCCAUAUUGAUGGUGGGGCUGCCCAGGGGGGAGGCGGGAGCACGUUCUUGGGUCCUGGCCUGCCUUCCUUCGCUUCAGGCAUGUGUACGUGCCUGCCAGCCAGUGGGUCAGAUGAUGUGUGGGGCCCUCGCCUCCUGGCUCCCAUCUGUGUUGCUGGAGAUGGUGUCUGUGUGCUGGUCUUUCUGCGGGCUCUUCAUGUGCAGGCUUGUUCGGGGUUGCCUGGCAACUGUUCUGGCACCAGGUGUGCCAGCACCAUGGGUGUAAGCAGACUGAGAAUUAGUUUAAUCACAGGUGUGCAUGCACACAUGUGUCUCACAUCACCACGUUGGCAGGAGGAGCCUUCGGGGCCUUGAGUCACUAGGCUCUGCUGCUGAGAAGUGAGAGAAGUCACCGGGCUCAGCCGGGCCUUGGAGCCCUGUAUAGAACUCUCGGUUGCUAGGGCAACCAUGAGCCUGUUGCUAGGAGAUAGCUGGGGAAGGCCCAAGGCUGCCCAGGGCAGAGAGAUGAACAGAGGAGUUUGAGAGAGAGGGGGAGGCUAUGGAAAAGGAUGGGAUUUCUGGGUCCCUGGGGGAUGGGGUACUCACAAACGACUUCUUCACUGGGGGAGUCGCUUGCUAUUUAUCACUGGUCACGAUUUACAAGAAGACAAAUAAAAUUGCUUUUAGAACCGCGAA